GGCGGCAGCAGCAGCAUGGCGAGUUCUGGGCCGGAGGGCCGUGUGGUCUCAGGGGGAGGACAGCAGCUCUCUUUCAGCCAGGCCUGCUCCCUCAUCAAGAGCCCGUACUCGUGCCUGGUGCUGGACACCUUCCGAAGGCACAUCACCCUGUCUCCAGUCUUCCUUAAGCGGCAGAGAUCCGGCAUCGAGAAGCAGCUCCGGACAGAGCUACUCCGUUUCUCCGAGAGUCUGCAGGGUGUCCCAAUUGCUUUUGAUAAAGUGAGAUUAAUUGGUGAAUUGGGUGACAUCUAUGACGACCAAGGGUAUAUCCAUCUCAAUAUUGAAGCAGACUUUGUUAUCUUCAGGCCUAAAACUGGACAGAAGCUGAUGGGUAUUGUGAAUAAAGUUGCUCCAAGUCAUCUUGGCUGUCUAGUACAUGGGUGUUUUAAUGCUUCAAUACCCAAACCACACAAAGCAAAUGGAACUUGGCCAGGCUUUGCAGUAGCAGUGGGCGAUAGCUUGAAAUUUGAAGUUCUGCAGCUGGAUGCUGAUGUCGCCGGUGUACUGUGCAUUCGAGGACAGUUGCUUUUAAGAUUGCAAGCAACAUGUGUGGAUUCAGAAGGACCACUAGAAAAUAAUGGUGCAGAACAAAAUGAUGGGAUAGUACGCAAGAAGAAAAAGAAAAAGAAGAAAGAUGAAAAAUGGGACCAAGAAGUGGAAGAGACUGUGAAUUAUGAGAUUUUAGACAAGAGUUGUCAUGAAGAUCAAAUGGAAAAAGCUGAAAUAAUUUUAGAAAGUAAGAAACACAAAAAGAAAAAGCGGAAGACCGGAGAAUUAAAUGUAGACACUGAAAUCCAUGGACGAGAUGACAGUGAUUACUUCAGUGACAAAACAGUUAAGAAAAAGAAGAGAAAAUUGUCUGAGGGUGUUUCAGAACAUACCAGUUAUGCACAAGAAGCAAAACGCAAAAAAAAAAUUGAAAAAUAUAUAUAACUAUAUGUACAGAGUUCAAAAAUUCCUUUAGUGCCUUGAAGAUUCCCCUUAUUUUUCAUUUUUAUUUUGUGAUUCACUUAUUGUUGUAUCAUUCUCUUUGGCAAUUUUGAAGAAAGUAUAAACUUGUUCUAUAAAAGGUAUUGAUUUAUGUUGCUUCGGUGAUGUUUGUAUUACAAAUAAAAGAGCGUUUGGCUCCAAAGAUAGAGUGAAAUGUAAAAGGGAUUAUCCGAUGGAAUUUUUAUAGAUAUUGGUUUCUUAAUGACAGAUUAUUAAACAGCAGCUAUGUAUACUUAUGGUGCUGCUGCAGAUUGCAUUAUUUCUACAUUUUACAGUUAUCUAAAUGCUGUUGUAAAUUUGUGAUCUGCAAAAGCAUUUUAAAAUUAAUUAUUUUACCAUCCAUAUAUUUUCCUCUUUGAAAAUUCACUCUGAGGUUGCUUUUGUUUGCUGGCAACUUUUUAAAUUCUGUAUAGUCAUUUUGAACUAACUACAACAUUGAAUGGAGCAGCUUGUCAGUGUUAAAAUGCAUAAUUGGGGAAUUGCAGAAGACUGGCACAGUACUUUCUGCAUUCCAACUUUUAAAUAUGCCCGUAACGGCCAGUUUAAAAUUUUAAUGCAUAGAGCGGAGAAAAAGUUACUAAUUAACAGUGAAACUUUAUCAUAACAGAUUGCAUGGAUUGAUGCCUAUUCCUCAAUUUUUAUAUUUGUGAAUUUUUAAACUUACAGUAAAGUCAGUGUUGAUUGGCUGUUUUCUGUCUGAUUAGUCAUGAACUGCGUGGUUUUUACUCAAAGACAAACCAAGAAUUACUUGCAAUUUGUGGAAAUAGAUCAGAUGGAAAGACCACGUUUUAUUUUUCUGUAGUGGUGACAACCAUUUUUAAAAAAACCAGUUACCUGGCGCUCAUUGUAACUGCUUUUUACACAGCUGCUUAGAGCAGUAAUGGAAGCCCAGUUUUCAGUCAAACUGGAGCCAAAGUGAGUGAAUCAGAGCUUUGGCUGACAACGAGUAACUGGCCUGUUGGCUAAUGACUAGUUAUUGACGCCAGAUACCUUUUACCUACCAACAACUGUGACUGACUUUCCAACAGCUAAACGUUUUGGGGUUGUGAAUGUUUGUUUUGUUUUGGCAGAAAUCGUUAGACCUCUGGCGGAGGGUGAACUUGUUUUGCUUUGCACUGAAAAGCAUCUCAAACCUGAAUAAAGCAUAGCUUACCCUCAGCAGUUGCAGUGAACUGUGGCUCUUAACCAGUAAACCAGAGACUCUUAAGUGUGUAACCCCUUGUUCGGUGCAGCUACACUGUACUUUAUACAAGUAAGUGAAUAUAUUUGGAGAUUGAAAAUAAAAGAGCAGAAUGAGCCAAAAGAUUGUCUCAGCACACCCUUUGAAGAAGGACCAUUGAACUGCCCUCUACCUCUGCCCGUAACACCCAUGUUUCUGUAUCUCUGUAUGUACAGAGAAAAUUUAUAAGUUCUAAUAUAGUAGCUUUAUGCCAACAGUUUAUAGUUGUAAACUUGUCAGAAUCUGUAAUUUGUAAUAAAUAGUUGUUCUU